UGGAAAUAGCAACCAGACAACGGGGAGAUGUGAUUGGAGAGUAGGGUGUGAUCAUCUGACUGGGCAGAAAAAGCAUACAUUCCCAAUGGGUCACAGGACAGAUUUGGAGUGACAUGGAUUGGAAUGAGGAAGAGUUGCAGGAUUCUGGAUAUGAUAUUGAACUGUUUGAAAAUGUACCUGACCCUGAAUUCAUCUGCACCAUUUGUCAUGGUGUGCUCAAAGAUCCUGUGGAACUCCUCUGCCAGCAUGUCUUCUGCAGAGGCUGUGUUAUGAAGUGGCUUACAGAGAAGCAAGAAUGUCCAUAUUGCAGGAAGAAGGUGAGAAGGGUGGCUCGAUCUGUCAUCCCUAUGAUCCACAACAUGAUUGCCCGAUUGAUCGUGAAGUGUGAAAACAGAGUCUAUGGCUGCUGGGAAACCUUUCCACUUGAACAGUACCCACAGCAUAAAGCUGCUUGUGACUUUAGGAUAGUGAAGUGCAAGCAUGAAGCCUGUACAACUGAAGUAUUUCAGAAGAACCUUGCUGCUCACGAACAGGUUUGCGAACACUGGAGCCAGCCGUGCAGAAUGGGAUGUGGCGUCCAACUUACCCCAAAUCAACUGUCUGAACACAACUGUUACAAGGAUGUGAAAAGAAAGUACAAAGAGAAGAUCAGGGUUCUCAAAAGCCGUUUGUACAGAAUGCACUGUCGCCUAAAGCUAGCCGAAAAAAUUCUUCAGGAUUUGGGCCCUCGGGAUUGUUCCCAGCUCUCAAAGCAUUUCGUCUAUGUAGACGAUGAAAGUGAGGACUUGGCUGCUGAAGGCCAGGAAGAAGAUCACUGCAACAUUUUGGAUGCAUCUGAAUAUAGUGAAAAUGAAAGCCUGUAUUCCUGGCACUCAAGUGACUUGGAUAAUGGAGAAGGACCAGUAGCAGUUGAAGAUGAAUUAGAUGAUACUGAAGAUGAGUGUCUGAAUGAAGCAGUAACUGAGGACACCAUUUCAAUCAGUUCCAGUUCCAGCACUGAACAAGAAGCCAAUUGUGCCAGGGCACAGACCCACUUAUAUUUUGAAACAGAUGAUGAUGGUAACAUUGCUUCUGAGAAUGUCAGUUCCUUCUCUGGUCAAGAUGCUUCAAACAGAAAAAGGCUCAGGCCAUGGAUGCUACAAUGUUCCAUUAGGAGUCGAAAGGCUACUUGGAAGCGCAGCAACCUCAGAUUAUUAUCCAGAAGACAGCAUAGCCAGCCACGUUGAUAGUGUUUCCUUUUUAAUGGGAUGAUUGCGAAGAUGACUCUUUAAAUGAAUGUUUUGCUCAUUUCUAUAAUUAAUGGUGCACCCUUAAACUGUUUGAUUCUUGUAAGUCAGUAAUAGUAAAUGUUUGCUAAAGGUAGUUGUUAUAUCUAGACCUGCCACUAGUAUGUUUCUUCUCCAGCGAUGAAGGUAUGGUGCUGGCCCAAUUAAAAACAAGUCUCUUCUUCCACAAACCCCUCCCUCAAUAAAUGUGACCUGAGUUAUGUUUCAAAUACAGGCUUAAAUUAUACUUUAUCAUACUGUCUUCUCAUGCUCUUUUUACCAUGUUAUAUUUUGAAUGCAAAAAUGCUUUAAGUCUAGAAUUUGAUGGAAAAAUAUUCAGGUGCAGUGAACUAACUCUUAAUUUCCUAUGCAAUUUUUUUCUUUGCCGUUGCAUUAAAUUGGAUUUAUGCAUG